AUGGUGUUGCCAGAAAACAACGUUUGGCCUAGACAUUUUUUUCUUAUUUUGUUUCUUUCUACUUUCUUGUCUUUCUUUUUCCUUAUUCUCUUCUUUUUUCUUUUCUUUUUUCCUUUUUUAUCUUUUACUCUCUCUUUCUUUUUUCUCUCUUUUUUUCGUUUAUUUUUUCUUUCUUUCUCUUCUUUUCUUUUUUAUUUCUCUUCUUUUUUCUUUCUUUUCUUCUUCCUCUUCUUUUUUCUUUCUCUUUUUUCUUUUCUGAUUUCUUUCUCUUCUUUUUGCUUUUCUUCUUUUUCUUCUUUUUCUUUUCUCUUUUUACUUUUUCUUCUUUUCUUUUUCUUUCUUUUUAUUCUUUCUUUUCUUUUUCUUUCCUUUUUUCUUUCUCUUCUUUUUCAUUUUUUCUUUCCUUUCCUUCAUUUUUCUUUCUCUUUUUUCUUUCUUUCUCUUCUUUUUCUCUUCUUUUCUUUUUCUUAUCUCUUUUUAGUUUUCUUCUUUCUCUCUUUUAUUUUACGCUUUUCUUUUUUCUUUCUUUUUCUUUUUCUUUCUUUUCUUUCUUCUUUUUCUUUGUUUUUUUUUUCUUUUUGUUAUGCUUUUAUUUCUUUUUCUUAUAUUUCUUUUCUUUUUAUUUCUUUUAUUUUCUUUCUUCUUUCUUCUUUUGCUUUCCCUUUCUUUAUUUUUUUUCCUUUUCUUCCUCGCUCUUAA